AUGUCUGCUACUCGGCCUCACGUAGCUUCAGUCUUAGUUGCGGAGACUUUGGCAAUGAAACGAGCCCUUGAAGAAGCAUCGGUAGCAGGUUUUAAGGAGCUGAACAUGUUUUCAGUCUCACAAGUUCUUAUUUUCCUCAUCAACUCCGGUGGUUUCACCAUUGAGUUAAAGGGACUCCUCCAUGAUAUUAGCCUCCUAAGAAUCUCUUUUGAAGCUAUCACUUUCAAUUACAUUUCACGUUUAAACAAUGCUACUGAUGAUUCUUUGGCAAAGACAUCUUUAAUUUCUUUCCCUGUAAUCUCCUUUGAUGGAGAGUGA